AUCUCCAUGUGAGUUCUGAUGCAAUUUGCUCCGUCAAUGGCUUGUGGAGUUCAAAUUUCAUCGCUGAAUUACUAUUCGUUCUCUACAAUUGUGAAUGGAACUGAUGAACGUGCUGUUGUUAAGGAAAAUUCUGAUUCAGUGCUUCACUGGAAAGACAAACAUGGCUUCUGUGCUGGCUUAUCACCUUUCCUUAGCAAAAGUUCCCGGAGAAGACGUGGUUGGGAAAUGGUGGCUUUUGCUUUAAACACCGGUGGUUUGCCGACCAACGGCGACCAAGAAACCACGAAUGGCGGCAUCCCGCCUGGGCUUGGCCAAACAAGAUUAGGACGGCUGGUGAGCGCAGGUGGCAGACAGCUAUUGGAGAAGCUGAAUUCCGCUAGGAAGAAUUUCCCAAUGAAGGUAUUUCUCUUACUCCUUGGUUUCUACACUGCAAAUGCACUCGCUACCAUCCUCGGGCAAACGGGGGACUGGGAUGUUUUAGUUGCCGGCGUGGUGGUGGCGGCAAUCGAAGGGAUUGGUAUGCUUAUGUACAAAAAAUCCGCUACUACAUCUAACAACAAUAAUAAUAACAAUAACAGUAAUCGUAGCAAGAGGUUUGAGUCGCUGGUCGUGAUGAUAAACUAUUGGAAAGCCGGUGUUUGUUUAGGGCUUUUUGUAGAUGCCUUCAAGUUAGGAAGUUAACCCUUUCUCAAAAAGUUGUUAUGAUCUUUCGACAUUCUAUCAGUCAGAUAGAGGUAUAGUCUGCAUGCAUCUUACCCUCCCCAGAACCUGUAUUCAGGUGGGAUAUAUUGGAUACGUCUGGUUUGGUUUU